AUGACCCCGAGCCGGACUCUGGGGCUGCGGGAGAAGGGCUCGUCCUGCAGCCCUCGGUGCCAGGGCCCUUCUGGCUCUGCCAGGGCAGGCGAGUCCGGCCAGAUAGCGUGGCCAGCGAGGUCGGAGUGGGGCCCGGCUGGGGGACCUGGGGAGGGGGCUGCUCAUCCGCUGCUCCCCGAGCCCUCGGGCGCGAUGCUGCCUGUGGUGCUGGGGCUCCUGGGCCUCCUGUCCCCCUGGGCCGCGGCCGGAGUGGGGGCCGCAGCCCCUCGCCAAGAGUGCCUGGACAGGCCCACACUUCGAGACGGGGAGGCCGGCGGCGGAGCCGAGGCCGAGGGGGGUGAGCGGGACCUGGAGGUAGCCGGGCAAUGGCGAGAUAUACAACGGAAGGCUUCCCUGGCCGUGGAGAGGGCGGCACGGGAGUAUAGCCGCCGGCUCCUGGGCUGCCAGGCCUGUGCCAACCACACCCGGCCUUGCCCCGGGCUUCGGAGCCAGCAGCCUCACGGCCACAACCUUCCUGGACAAGAGCAGCCAGUGACUUGUGGCCUUCGGAGCCGCGGAGCCGCCAACGUGACGUGGGCCCGGGGCAGAAUCGUGGGGGGCAAGGCGGCCCCCCCGGGCUCCUGGCCCUGGCUGGUGUCUCUGAGGAUGAACGGGCAGCCCAUGUGUGGGGGAGUCCUGGUGGGGGACACCUGGGUCCUCACUGCCGCUCACUGCUUCGCAAGCCAUCAGAACGAGCUCCUGUGGUCAGUGGCCCUGAGCAAGGCCCCCGGGGAGGGCCAGGAGGAGGGCAUCCCUGUUAACCGCAUCCUGCCGCACCCCCAGUUUGACGCCAAGACCUUCCGGAGCGACCUGGCCCUGGUGGAGCUGGGGGCCCGGGUGCCCAAGGGCAGCCCGUCUGCCCCCGGGGCCCAAAGGGCCCCGGCGAGUGGCCUUGCUGGCUGGGGAGCCGUCUACGAAGACGGGCCCGCGGCCCCGGCGGUGAGGGAGGCCAGGGUGCCGCUGCUUAGCCUGGGCGCCUGCCGGGCGGCCCUGGGCUCGGCGCUGCACCCCGGCACCAUGCUCUGCGCGGGCUUCCCGGCCGGAGGAGCGGACUCCUGCCAGGGUGACUCGGGGGGCCCUCUGACGUGCUCGGUGCCGGGGCCCCCCCUGAGGGAGGCCCUCUAUGGCAUCACCUCCUGGGGGGACGGCUGCGGGGAGCCGGGCAAGCCCGGGGUCUACACCCGCGUGGCCGCUUUCGGGGCCUGGAUCCGCCAGCAGAUGAGUGCCCCUGCCUCCAGCCGCGAGCCCAGCUGCCGGGAGCUUCUGGCCGCCGACGCCCAGCGGGACCCUUCGGCGGAGCUGCGCCGCCUCUGCUCCUUCUACGAGCGCCCCUGCCCCGCGCGGGCCGCGUCCGGAGCCUGUGCGCGCCUGUCCCGGAACAAGUGCCGGCUGCACAGGAGGCGAUGUGAGCUGCGCUCCCUGGUCCAGACCCUGCUGAGCCUGCUCCGGGACGCUCAGGGCUUCUUCUCGCGCCCCUUGGGCCUGCUUCGUCUCGCCCCCGCGCCGCCUCCGCUGGGUCCCGCGCUUCCUCCGGGGGCUCCGGGGCGGGGCCAGGGCACAGCUCCCCAAGGAGAAGCCCCCCUAUCCCAGGGGGAGCCGGAGGCAGGGGUGAAAGGCUGCCCUGGGCUGGAGGCUCUGAGCCAGAAACUGGCCGGGCUUCGAGGGUCCUACACCUGGAUCCUGCAAGUGCCCCACGACCGGCUGGCCAUGGACUUCCAGGAGAUCCUGGCUGACCUGGGCUCCGAGACCGAGCAGGGGCUGUUCCAGGCCCGAGUCAGGGCGGCGGUGGGGGGCCGGAGGGUGCUCUUUGCCGCCAUGAUCGGGCGGGAGCCGGCCACCCUGGCACGAAGCCUCCCAGGCCUUUUGGCCCAGGCCCUGAGGGCCUUCCGAGCCGUGCCCCCAGCCUAGCCGAAGGCCUCGGGCCAGGGGCCCCUGGGACUGAGCGGGGGCGAG